CACCACCACCCACCGCAAUGGCGUCGGCGUCGCGGAUCCUGCUCGUGGCCUUCCUCCUGGCAACAGUGUCGGCAAUGGCCGCGGCGCAGAAGGCGGUCGCUCCCGCCAAGGCGAAGCCGGCGCCUGCCGCACCCGCUGCCGACGCUCCCGGCGCGGCAACCGCCGACGGGAAGCCGCCGACGGACCCUAUCGCUAUCCUGAAGAAGGCCGGCGGGUUCACCAAGUUCUGCGACCUGCUGGAGCAGACCCGCGUGGACACGCAGCUCAAGGCGCAGCUGACGGACAGCUACAACGGUCUCACCAUCUUCGCGCCCACCGACGACGCCUUCGACUCGCUCAAGGCCGGCACCCUCAACAGCCUCUCCAGCCAGGACCAGAUCCAGAUGAUGCUCUACUGCGUGCUGCCCCGGUUCUACUCGCUCUCCAUGCUCGGCAACAUCAAGGACAAGGUGAACACCCAGGCCUCCGGCCACACCGGCCCCUACAAGUACGCCAUCAAGCCCUCCGGCAACAACGUCAACGUCUCCACCGGCGUCAAGGGCAACAACAUGCUGCUCAACAGCGUGGUCAGCAAGGACUUCCCGCUCUCCAUCUACUCCGUCGACAAGGUGCCGCUCCCCUACGAGCUCUUCGGGCCCCAGCCGCCCACCCCGGCGCCGGCCCCCGCCCCCGCGCCAACCAAGUCCAAGCCCAAGAAGAAGAAGAAGUCCGCCGGAAUCGCCGAGGCGCCCGAGGCCGAGGAUGCCGACUCCACCGCCGACGACACCAAGAACGCUGCCUCUUCCCUCACCGGCAGGUGGGUCGCCGCGCUCGGAGUCCUCGCCGCCGCGGUCCUCGGUGGCGCCUUCUGAGAAGAAGAUCGCAACGGUGGGAUGGGAAAGGUGGUGGUGUCAUUCUUGCAUUGAGUUAGUGUGGUGUAUACCAAGAACAUUGAUGCCUGUACCAACAACACUGUGAUGUGUAUGUCCAUCGGCUUUAUUCUUUCUUCUUCUUUUCUUUUCUUUUUUCUUGAAAAUCUUCUUGCUCUGAUGAAUUCUUGUCGAUUUGUAUCCUGUAAUUUAUGUGUUAUACUAGUGCUUCUUGAAUUCAUUUACUA